UGGGACGUAGCCUGGGGCCUGGAUUGCGACCGGGGCGGGCUGCGGCUCCAGCAGAGUCUGGGCGGGCGGGACCAGGUAACGACUCCGCGCGGUUAGGGCGAGGGUCGUCCGCAGGGCAGAACGGUAGGUGUCGGAGUAUAAGGAGGGUAGCGGUGUCACCCCUUUUCCCAGUGAACACAGAGCACGGGGUUUGGAGGAAAAGGUUGGGAGGAGUUACCUUCUUGCGAGGGGGGGUUGUCAUGUGGACACCACGCCCCUAUGGGAACGAAGGAAGGAAGGAAGGUUUUGUGUGUGUGUGUGUGUGUGUGUGUGUUUAGGAAUGAUUCUUGGAGCGGGAGGGGGUGACAGGCUUGGGCUCGCCGACCGAGACAAACAUUUGCUCUCGGAGUGGCCCCUGGAAGGAAUUUGACGGAGAUAAAGAAUUAUAUUCCUGGCACAGUUUUGGAACCCGGGAGGGAAGUGAGAGUUGAUGGAAAGAAGGAAUGCAUGUGGAAGGUGCCAGCAUCUCAGUCUGGAAAGGAUUUAGUUCAGUCGAAGAGAGCUGUAGAAUUAAGACACUGAGCACCCUAAGAAGCUUGGGAGAUUUCAAUUAGUAUGGGUCCUUUAGACAAGAGGACAGGAAGACAUUCUUUCUUAGAAGACAGUCUCCUGGUUACUUUUCUUUUGGGAGAACUGGUUAACACAGAAAUCAGCCUUCUGGGCCAUGCCGUUUCAAAGGCCUGUUUCUUCUCAUGAGUCUCAGAGGAAGACAGAUGGACCAGUCUUCAAAAUGGAUAACUUCCCCUGCCUGAACAAGAGAUGGGAUAGUAUCUGGGAUCUGCCCAUCCUCAGACUCAGCUUAAUAAGGCGGAUUAAUAAGGGGAUGUAACAGAACCCAGAGAAGGACAUUGAGGCCUCCAGUGGGGGGGGAGGGCCUGGACACACCCCUUCCCCCCAGACUGUUCCACCUCAGGGUCCACUCAGCCAUGGACUUUGGAUCUGGAUGAGAGAAGAGAAGCUGCACUUUAUUUGGUGGAUCUGAUUUGGGAUUCUCAGUUGUGGCAAUGGAGUGCUGCACGGAGGUUUGAUGAUCUCCAGGGGAGCCCCUGAAAGAGGAGAAAGGUAGGUUGCAGUCGGAUGUAGCAGUUGCUGGAUCAUCUGGAUGGCUUCCUCCCAUGCCUAGUGGUGAGGCUGGCUGUCAACUAGGACCUUAGCUGGGAUUGUCAACUGGGAUACCUGUAGGUGUCCUAUCCAUGUGGCAGAGUUCCAGGAACAAGCAUCUUAAAAGCUCCAGGUGCAUGGCUGCUUCCUAAUUUUCUAGCCCAGAGGAAGCUUCCCUAGGACUGGGUGAGUGAGCCAGGCAAAGCCAAAGGCUGCCUCAAGCUGUCCCCUUGCCUGUGCUCCCCUGUGGGGGCCAGGAUGCUGAAGAAGCAGUCUGCAGGGCUUGUGCUAUGGGGCGCGAUCCUCUUCGUGGCCUGGAAUGCCCUGUUGCUCCUUUUCUUCUGGACACGUCCAGCACCUGGCAGGCCACCCUCGGACAGUGCUCUUGAUGAUGACCCUGCCAGCCUCACCCGAGAGGUAAUUCGCCUGGCUGAAGAUGCUGAGGUGGAGCUGGAGCGCCAGCGGUGGCUGCUGCAGCAGAUCAAGGAGCACCAUGCUGUAUGGAGUCAGCGCUGGAGGGUGCCCACUGCAGCCCCUCCCGCCCAGCCACAUGUGCCUGUGACCCCACUGCCGUCAGUGAUCCCUAUCCUGGUCAUCGCCUGUGACCGCAGCACUGUCCGGCGCUGCCUGGACAAGCUGCUGCAGUAUCGGCCCUCGGCUGAGCACUUCCCCAUCAUCGUCAGCCAGGACUGUGGGCACCAGGAGACAGCCCAGGUCAUUGCCUCCUAUGGCAGCACGGUCACACACAUCCAGCAGCCCGACCUGAGCAACAUUGCUGUACCACCUGACCACCGCAAGUUCCAGGGCUACUAUAAGAUCGCCCGGCACUACCGCUGGGCGCUGGGCCAGAUUUUCCACAAAUUCAAGUUCCCAGCAGCUGUGGUGGUAGAGGAUGAUCUGGAGGUGGCACCGGAUUUCUUUGAAUAUUUCCAGGCCACUUACCCACUGCUGAGGGCUGACCCCUCCCUCUGGUGUGUGUCUGCCUGGAAUGACAAUGGCAAGGAGCAGAUGGUAGACUUGAACAAGCCUGAGCUGCUCUACCGCACAGACUUUUUCCCUGGCCUGGGCUGGCUGCUGUUGGCUGAGCUCUGGGCUGAAUUGGAGCCCAAGUGGCCCAAGGCCUUCUGGGAUGACUGGAUGCGCCGGCCAGAGCAGCGCAAAGGGCGAGCCUGUAUACGCCCUGAAAUCUCAAGAACGAUGACCUUUGGCCGCAAGGGUGUGAGCCAUGGGCAGUUCUUUGACCAGCACCUCAAGUUCAUCAAGCUGAACCAGCAGUUCGUGCACUUCACCCAGCUGGACCUGUCGUACCUGUGGCGAGAGGCCUAUGACCGGGAUUUCCUUGCCCGUGUCUAUGGUGCUCCGCAGCUGCAGGUGGAGAAAGUGAGGGCCAAUGAUCGCAAGGAGCUCGGGGAGGUGCGGGUGCAGUACACAGGCCGGGACAGCUUCAAGGCUUUUGCCAAGGCCCUGGGUGUCAUGGAUGACCUCAAGUCGGGGGUUCCCAGGGCUGGCUACCGGGGCAUCGUCACCUUCCAGUUUCGGGGUCGCCGUGUCCACCUGGCGCCACCACAGACCUGGGAUGGCUAUGAUCCCAGCUGGAAUUAGCAGCAUCUGACUGUUCCUCCUGGGCCCUUCCUUGCCAUAUGAUGAGCUGAGAUGGGACCACAGUCCUUAGGCUGCAUUGUCCUGUCUGUGUUUCCCUCUUGGUCCUGUUUAUCUUUUUAGUUUGAGUGCACAGAUGAUAGGCGAGGGUUAUUCUCUUGUUCUCAAGGGAGUCAGAUCAGGGGAACCAUUCUGUAAUCUGUUGGAGGGUAUUAAGAAACCACUGUGUGGUAGGGGACACAGCUUGUUGGGACCAGACAUGACCACAUCCUGAGCUUUCUCCUGGGGCAUCUGUAGAGAAGUUGGCAACUUCAGCUCUAUUCAGUAGGCCCCUCUCCCUGACUGGCCCUUGCAGCCACGUGGUGAACCUUCUCCCCCUACCUGCCCCCUUUCCCUUUCCUCCUGUGGGGGCCCUGGGUCAUGCCAGAAGGGGGCAUAUGUGUGGCCAAAAUGAGAGUAACCAAAGGGGCUUCCUCCCCAGGUCGAGGGUGGAGUUGUCUCCUUAUCCUUGGCGUCUGUCUAGCCUUUCUUUCCCUGAAGUCUAGCAGGUUGCCAUCUAAGAUGGAAUGUUGAGGAGACCUCUCCUUAGAUCGCAUCCAACUGUUGGGUUAGAGGUGGUAUAGAAGGAAGGCCUCAGUCCGGGACAAGUCCUCCCUCACCUUGCUUAGAGAGGCAUUGUCCUCUGCCCUUCUCCUUUCUGAAAAUCAGUUGUCCCCUUGCUGCUUUAGGAGGAUUCCAUGCUGGCUUAGUGGAAGAUAGCAUUAGCUUUGUGUGGGCUAUUCCCUGAGGGCUAUGGCUCUUGUGGCCUCUCAUUAAGGAAGAGCAGCCAAGACCUGGAAGGCUCUGGCCUUGCCCCAGGCAUCCUUGAGUCUCCAUGGGCCAGGGUGCACAUAGCAGGUUGGAGAUGAAUUGGGUGUUUUGGUUGGUUGCCUGAGCUGAGUUUAAUGGAGAAAAAUUAGUGGAAGCUACGGAAUUAUUUUCUAAAAUAAAGGUUGAAUUGUCUGAAAAA